AUGAAAAGAAGAAGCCAGGUAACAUUUUCAAAUUACAACAUAAAAGCUAUUUGUGGAAAAAAAUGUGAAAAGCAAAAAGUAUUAUAUUUAGUUCAGUAUGAAGAAGAAGAUAGAAAGAAUGAAUACAUUAGUAAAGAAUUACUAACGUUUGGUCCUAUUAAUCAUAUGAUAGAAGAGUACGAUAAAAGACUUUCAACGGCAGAACCUGAUAAAGAAAUAAUUAUUGAUAUGCCAAAAAUAGCAUGUAAAGAUGAAAUUAUAGAAAUAAAAAUUGAAGAAAAUGACAAAUUACCGAAAGAUAAGAAUAAGAAAAAGAAUAAGAAAUUAAAGACACAUUGUCCUUCAAAUAAUAAUGAUGUUUCAAAAGAAAAACAUGUUUAUAAGGGGAGAAUUGUUUAUGAUCCAAUUAAAAUCAAUGGAAAAGAAAUAACAAUUACGGAUAUUUUAAAAUGGACCAAGAAAUAUAAUAGGUUUAAUGAUUUUACUUCUUAUACUUUAAAAAAAGUUUUUGCUCGUAAUUACGAAAUUUGCUAUAAUGAUAUCAUGGAUUAUAAAUUUUAUGGAAUAACCAAUGUAAAUGAAGUUAUCGUUUUUACGAGAAAUCAAGUAACUCUUGAAGCAUUUUUCCUUCCUGCAUAUAAUUUUUUAAAAAAGUUUCCAUUAGCUAAAGAUGAACCACCUUGUUAA